AUGGCUGAUAAUAAACCUGGGAAAGGUGCCAAUAGGCUGCUUAAAUUAAUGUCGGUAUCAUUCAAAGAGGCGUCCAUGGACUCUCCGUCAUUUAGGGCGAGCGCCAACUUCUAUCAUGUGCAAGUCGAAUCUUUGGAAAGCUGGAUUGAUAACGUGGCCAGAUUUUACAAACACAAGUUUCUACCGUCACUCGAUGACUUUAAGCAGCUGAGUGACACAUUUUUUGCCCAAUCACUUCCGCCUUCAGAUUACUUAUACAACGGUAUUGUUGAGAACCAGCUCUACACUCCAGCUAUACUGGAAGAAUUUCACAGCGAUCUCUGCAAUCUUUCCAGCCGCCUUCUAUUGCUAUUGCGAGGUGAUCCAGAGUCUUUUUUGUCUGCUCUCUCGAGGAUCCUAACCGAGGUAAUAGAGCCUUACAAGGAAAAGCGUAAGAACUUUGAUUACUUCCAAUCGAAACAUGACACACUUUUGGCGAAAUACCAAAGCAUCAAAGUGCAAGGACCAAACGUCGAGCCAUCAAGCAUGCGUGAAGAUGCAUUUCAGUUAUUUGAAGUACGCAAAGGCUAUCUAGAGUCCUCCCUUGACAUUGCCUGGGAAAUCUCUCAGAUGCAGGAAGCAUUGGAUGAAGCUAUGAACUCGGUAGUAGGCACUCUUAUAAGAAGAGGUCCUCUACAGAACGCAAUCAUGAGUGGCCAAGAAGGAGGAGAAACGUUAGAACUCUUUAAGAAGCAUCAGAAUUGGCACAAGGAAGUAAAUAAAAACAACUUUUCUUUAUUAGAGGACAUGAAAAAAGCCAAGCAACAAGUUCAGGCUUUUACAAUAAAACAACUACAGCCUUCUCGCGACCUGAAUGAUUACAACGUCAAAAGUAUCAACCAGGCGACAUUGCGUCAGCAGAUUCAACCGGGAGAAAAGCCAGCCACUGAAAAUUCAGGCUGGCUAUUCAUGAAGACAAUGACAGGCAAACCUGCCCGAACCGUUUGGGUAAGACGGUGGUGUUUCUUGAAAAAAUCAGUUUUCGGUGUUUUCCUUCUUUCACCAGCACUCACAGCAAUUGAAGAGACUGACAAGUUCGGCGUUCUUCUUAUGAAUGUUCGUUACGAUCCCAACGAAGAGAGGCACUUUUGCUUUGAAGCUCAAAUCGCGGGUGCAGAGCCCGGAUCAGGAGGGGGCCGAAGCAAUACAGCAGAGCGCAUGUCCCUUGUUUUCCAAACUGAAACGCUUGCUGACCUCAGAUUAUGGCUAGGCGCAUUUGAAGAGGCCAAGAAACGCGUUCUCCUACUAGAAAAAGGUGAUCCGGAGUACGAGCUCUCUUUCUCAAGAAUUUCGCCGCUAUUCUACGAGUUUGCAUGUAGCUCAACGAGCGAAACAGAUCAACGAAUGACAUCAUUUGACACCGACGGGCAUUAUGGUAAGUCAAUACUACAAUUGAUGCAAGCUGCGUUUUCGGAAACGGGAAAUAUCAUCUUCCCUCAUGACUCACCGUUCCAAACUCCGCUGCUCAAAACGCCCAUUAUGACAAAGCUUACAAAACUGAGCAUCAUAUCUAGCUUUUUCUUGGCGAGUGAUGGAGUGCCUAAUGCAAUUAUGGCCAAUUACUGGGGUAGCGUCAAUUGGAGUGAGUUUUGCUACAAUGUCAAUUCAAGUGGCUCGGACUUACCAGAUUUUGGCUUGGUGAAUCUUUGUCCAGAAAAAGACGCAACUUCCCCGAUCUGGAGCCCAAUAGAGUACCCUGAUUUUUAUCCAAGGGAUAUGCGCAAUCGAGACAUUCAGUUUAAAAGCCUGUUUUUCUCGAGCGCUUCCCAGCGGAUGAAGAGCAAAUUCAAUGAGCUUCUACUACUGUCGUUUCCUUGUUCAUGGUCUCCUAACACAAAACAAGGAUUCUCAGGCAUGUGUUACGUCACGUCAAGGAACGUAUACUUUUAUAUGAAUUCCAUGGGGUUCAUCUGCUUGUUGAACAGAAGCUUAGAGCAUCUGGUAUCUGCCGAAGUGGUCAAAAAAGCAGACGACAAAAGUUUUGCUGUCAUGAAGCUGUACGACAUAGACGAGCUUUCUAUGACCUGUACUGUAUUCUUUGACGAUCCAGAAGUUACGGCAGCCAAGAUUCGUCUUUUACUCGAGAAUGGCGCUACCGAACAUGCGAAAAGCGAACGGGAAAUUCUAGCGUUGCUCUCGAAUAUAGACAAAGAGUUUUCUGAACAGAAUCGAGCAGAAUCUAGUAAUAGAGGGAAAGAAUUGGUAAAAACUAACCAUCGCGAAAAUAUGUUUUGGGGUGUGGACCAGUCGUUUUAUGAUCUCAUAAGACGCCAACAAAACUUCCAAACACAAUAUGCGUCGGUAUUUAAAAUGGACUUCAACAUUCCACCCAGAGGCCUGAUGCAUGUACUAUUUGGAAACAAGUCAAGCGCCUUUCAGCGGGCUUAUCUUCUUGCCCAUCGUCAAGGGGUUGACAGUACUGUGUCUUGCUGGUACGCCGAAAAAGUGGGACAAUUGACAGAAGCAGCUCGUACUAUCACGUUCAAGAUCGAUCCUACACAACACUUCUUUUCGGCUGAUGGUAACGGGUGGGGCGAAAAGAAAGAAUCUACCUUUUUGAGUGUUGCACAACGCAUAAAAGUCGCAAAGGAAAAUGUUUAUUACGAGGUUGAUCAAGAAACAGGAAAGAUUAAGGUUCCCUUUGCCAAAUCGUUUAGCGUCCGUUCCAAAAUAAUCAUUAUUACAAGGUCAGACGCUAAAAGUAGCAAGUCGCAUUAUAGCGGAAGAGUGGGAGGAACAUGUUCUCUAUAUCUACAUUAUGAUGUUACAUUUUUUGACGACAAUGACGGUAAACCAGCGAAAAGCAUGCAUAUUUUUGAGCGGCUUGCCAAAAGACUGGUUAUGCAUUUCAUGCGUUACGAAUCUAUUCUACUCCGUAACGUGAUUCAGAAAUACUUGGACAGGAUUGGAAAACAUGGGCAAGUUCUUAAGGCAGUUAGACUUUGUGGACAAUUAGCUUUAAUUGAGGGCACAGAUGACAUUUUGGACGUCAGUAAUAAUGAAGCUGCUAGCUACUCGCGAGUAUCGCUUAUGCGCUUCUCAAUGAAGUACGUUUUGUUUUAUAUUGUCAACUUUAUCUUCACAGUGAUAAGAAUGUCCUUUCAAUUAACACACACAAUAUUAACGAAUGUUAUUGCUCUGAAUCGUUUCGUGUUGCUGGGCUUGGUGUUGUCGAUAUUCAUUAAUAUGUUCAUGCUGGGCAAGUCGUCUUGGUCGUAUUGGUCCGUAAAAAGUGCAGAAAACCUAUUUAAGAGCUAUUUGGAUGGUGGUCGCCAACCAAUGCAACGAGCUCUUUACAUUGAAGACCUCAAUUUGCUGACAGACGUCCUCAUCAGCGGGAAUGGCGACUGCUUUGAAAAAUUCAUGUCAUCAGACCGUGAGGUUGAAAGUAAAUAUCGUGCAACGCGCCACGAAAUUGCGCUCAAGCGCAAUGAGCUACUCGUAGAACUCAAGAUUCUGAACACAAUGGACAAAGAACUAGUGCAUGGUGAUUACUUAGCGUUUUUGUCAGACGAAAUUCACAACUGCCGGACAGUGGAGCAAGACAUGCCUGACACAUGGAUCAACGAUACUCAGCUCCAGAUGCACUGCGAAAAGUGCCAAGUAGAAUACAAGAGUGUCCAAGAGCUGCUCUAG